AUGAGGCAUAGAAUUCCUUUUAUAUUACUGCAAUUAAUUAUUUCCUUUGCGACUUAUCUUUGCGAGGAUUCGACCAGCUCAGUGCCUUCUGUCAUACAACUUAAGGAACUUGUCCAAGGAAGUGAGCUUGAAGCAAAAUCACCACGCUUCAGACGUAAUAUCAGCAUAGUCGGAAAUGAGUUUAUGCUAGAAAAUACGCCAUUUCGCAUCAUGUCCGGAUCAAUACAUUACUUCCGAGUGCCUCACGAAUAUUGGCGGGAUAGAUUAAGGAAGUUGAAGGCGGCCGGUCUUAAUUCUGUAUCCACGUAUGUUGAAUGGAGCAGCCACGAGCCGGAAGAAGGGAUAGAAUCAUUUUCAGGGGACAAUGAUAUAGUCAAAUUCCUGAACAUAGCUCAAGAGGAAGGAUUACACGUGCUAUUUAGACCUGGACCUUAUAUUUGUGCUGAAAGAGAUUUGGGUGGUUUCCCGUAUUGGCUGCUUGGCAAAUAUCCAAAUAUACAAUUACGUACAACUGACGCAGAUUUCACCAGCGAAACAAAAAGAUGGUUCGAUAAGCUUUUUGCACUUGUAAAGCCCUUGCUUUACGGAAAUGGCGGGCCAGUGAUUUUAGUUCAAGUGGAAAAUGAGUACGGGAGCUAUGGUGCCAGUAAAAAGUAUAUGGAAAAACUGCGCGACAUCAUUUCCGAACAUGUUGAAGACAAAGCCAUUUUGUACACAACAGAUGGCAUGUAUAGAUCAUAUUUUUAUGAUGGAUCUGUGAGCGGGGUUCUUACUACCAUCGAUUUUGGUCCAAUUGACAGCGUGACCAAGGCGUUCCGAGAUCUCCGCAGAUUUAUGCCAUCUGGGCCUCUUAUGAACUCGGAGUAUUACCCGGGCUGGCUUACUCAUUGGACUGAGGACCUCCAGCAAGUAUCAUCUGAUCGAGUGGUGAACACUUUACGAGAUAUGUUGGAGCACAACAUUAAUUUCAACUUCUAUAUGUUCCAUGGUGGGACCAAUUUCGGAUUUACAUCUGGUGCAAACUACGGCAGUUUUUAUCAGCCAGACAUAACAUCAUACGAUUACGAUGCACCGAUCUCAGAAGCCGGCGACCCGACACCAAAAUACUUUGCCAUCCGAGACGCUAUUACUAAGUUAAAUCCAGAAGUCAAACAUAUACCUCCUCCAACAAUUUCGAAGAAAGGCGCAUACGGUGCGGUCAGCCUAACUCCUAAAAUUGAACUUUUAUCAAAUGAUGGCCGUACGAUUUUGGGUAAAAAAUACAACACGGUAACGGGAAAAAAGUUGCCAACUUUUGAAGAAUUGAAACAAUUCUCCGGCUUGAUGCUAUAUGAGACAUCGUUGAAUGGAAAUGGUUUAUUGGAAAUCAGAAAACCAAGAGAUUGGAUUUUUGUUUACGUUGAUAAUCGCUUCCAAGGUGUGAUAAAUCGCAGGUACAAAGCAUAUUCAUUGAAUAUUAAGUCAAGUGGCGGGUCAUCUUUAUCAUUGCUCGUAGAAAAUCAGGGACGAAUCAAUUAUGGGCCUAAAUUGCAUGACUAUAAGGGAAUCCUAAGUACUGUAGUAUUCAACAAUAAAACCUUGGAAGGGCCGUGGACAAUAACAGGGUAUCCUUUAGAUAAAAGACCUAAGCAGGUACAAGAAUCUUUGUAUGAACCAACAGCUUGCUCCCCAAUAUUGUUUACUGGUGACUUUGUUUUACCGCCUGGAGAUCCUUUGGAUACGUUUGUGGAUAUGACUGGUUGGGGAAAGGGUUACAUAACAAUAAAUGGCCGUCUACUUGGAAGAUAUUGGCCUGAAGCUGGUCCUCAAGCAACGUUAUACGUCCCUGGAGUCUGGCUAAAACCUGCGCCUGCGCAAAAUGUCAUCGAAGUCGUGGAAUUGUAUAAGACGCCUAUAAAUUCCACCGUUAAUUUUAUUGACUAUCCAAUUCUUAAUAGAACCGCGACAGAGUACAGUUAUAAUGAAUUAAGUUGUUCAUAUGUUAAUUAG